ACUAUCUUGUCUAUAGUGACUUGUAACCCUUAACGUACAUUAUAAAAGACAAAAAAAACUCUCUUUCCUUAAACACCAAAACAUAUUAUGGACAAGACUGAUCAAACAGCCAUUGACGGCUCAGCUUUAGAGCUUAAUCGCACUGAGAAAACAGCAGAGGCGUCCCUGCGAGUUGUAUCAAUGGCUCUAAGUAUUGUGGGUCUCGUCAUCAUGAUCAAGAACUCUAUCUCCAACGACUUUGGCUCUAUCUCUUACUCAAAUCUUGGAGCUUUCAUGUAUUUGGUGAUUGCUAAUGGCGUUUGUGCAGCAUAUUCUCUUCUCUCUGCUCUCGCAAUAUUAGCCCUUCCGUGUCCAAUAAGCAAGCUCCAAGUGUGGACAUUGUUCUUGCUUGACCAGGUGGUCACGUACCUGGUUCUAGCGGCUGGGUCUGUAUCUGCUGAGACGGUUUACUUAGCAUACUAUGGAAACAUACCCAUCACUUGGAGCUCUGCUUGUGACUCAUACGGAAUCUUCUGUCACAAGGCAUUGAUCUCGGUUGUGUUCACGUUCGUUGUCUCCCUUCUCUACAUGUUGCUCUCGCUCGUCUCUUCCUAUCGACUCUUCAGCAGAUUUGAAGCACCAUAAGUAAGAAAUCGAAGACCAGGAAGAAUUACAAAAAAAAAAAAAAGUAACAAGAAGAAAAAUAUAUAUAUGUCAUGUUUUGUUGAAGACUUUAAGUAAAAGAGUAACUCAAAAUUAAGGUUUUUCGCUUAUUACAUUUGUCUCUUAAUUAAAAAGAUAACAAAAAAUACACAUGUGCUGUCACAAAACUUAUAUGAUGUGAAAUUCGUUACUUUUUAACUACGAGAUUCGAACUUGAAAA